CUCAUCUCAUCAGCAUCUUCAGUUCAUCUCAUCUUCUAUUCAGAGCGGACAUCCUUGGCAUUAAUAUCCUUUUAUUCUCGCUUCAACCAGUUCUCAAGCUACAACUUUCUCUUCAACCCUUCAACUUCCUCGCUUUCGCUCCAUCCUCCAUCAGAUCAUCUGACCACCCACCCACAAUCAUCAUGUCUUCCUUCACAGCACCCCAAUCCUCCAGCAUGGCUGUCUUCGGCCGCGGCGGCUACAACGCACCAGUCGACUCAGGGCGAGGUGGAUACAACGCACCCGUCGACGCCGGAAGGGGAGGAUACAAUGCACCCCUGAAGCGCGGUCCCGAUGACGACGACGAGACCGAGGACGGACGCGGUGGAUACAACUGAGUCCUGUCUUCUCACCCCCCACUGCAGGCCAGCCACCGAUUCUCUCCUCCAUCCAAUUUCCAUAGACCGCAUGGCCGCAAGACCACUUUUCCAGCAUUUCCAGCGAGCGAGCAUUUUGAGCCAUUCAGAGUCCCAGCAUUUUCCCGGCGUUCAAAGAGGGACGGAGCAUAUUUUCGGCGUACC